AUGGCUCGAUUUAGGGAACAAGAAGCCUCCUCUUCCAGUUCUUCUCCCUCUCGAUGUUGUUAUCAUGUGUUCUUGAGUUUCAGAGGCGAAGACACUCGAAGGGCUUUUACCGACCAUCUCUACACAACCUUUGUGGAGAAAGGCUUUCCCACAUUCCGGGAUGAAGAAGAACUUGAGAGAGGAGAAGAUACUAAGCCAGCAUUUGAGAAAGCCAUCCAAUAG